GCGAAUAGAUUCAAGGGGAGCCCCGGGCAGGGUGGGUGGGGAGCCGAGCGCUUCCCGCGGGCAGAGCCAGGGGGAACCCCGGGCCGGCCGCGGAGUUAGCAGGCCCCCAGUGGACCCCUCGGCGGGCGGUAGCCCAGCCUCCAUAUAGCCCCGGGCAAAGCCCAAGAACACCCCCAUGGCUGCAGCCAAGGCCGAGAUGCAGCUCCUGCCUUCGCUGCAGAUGGCCGACCCUUUCGGAUCCUUCCCUCACUCUCCCCCUACUAUGGACACCAACUACCCCAAGCUAGAGGAGAUCAUGUUGCUCGCCGGUGGAGGGCCACAGUUCCUCAAUCCCGCCGGUGGCCCCGAGAGCGGCGGCGGCUUCAAUCCCUCCGGCGGAGGUGGGGAGCAGUCCUUCGGGCACCUCGCUGCAGACACUUUCCCCGAGAUCUCCCUGAACGGCGAGAAACCUUUAGCGGAGACCAGCUAUCCGACCCAGACUACCCGCCUCCCGCCCAUCACCUACACUGGCCGCUUUUCUUUGGAGCCGGCGUCGAGCGGUGGAGGCAGCACCCCGUUAUGGCCGGAGCCUCUCUUCAGCCUGGUGAGCGGCCUGGUGGGUAUGGCUAACCCUCCGACUACGUCCUCCCAGUCCUCCUCCGCCUCUUCGCCGAUCGCUAGCUCCGCUUCUUCCAGCCCGGUUUUGAGCUGCUCGGUGCAGGCCAGCGACCCCAGCCCCAUCUACUCAGCGGCGCCCACCUUCCCGAACCCCGGCGGAGCUGACAUCUUCCCAGAGCCGUCCAGCCAGCCCUUUGCCAGUUCUUCGGGAGCCUCACUACAGUUUCCGCCUCCUGCAUACCCGACGGCCAAGAACGGCUUCCAGCUGCCCAUCAUUCCGGACUACUUAUUCCCGCCUCAGCCGCCACCGCAGCCGGGCGACCUGGGUCUCGGCUCUGUGGAGCAAAAGCCUUUCCCGGGCCCGCAGCCCUCGCUCACUCCGCUCUCCACCAUCAAAGCCUUCGCUACCCAAAGCGGCGGCGGCAGUUGCGGCGGCGGCACUCCGCAGGAGGCCAAGAGUCUCCCAAGCGGCGGCUCCUACCAGGCGACACUGGUCAAGCCCAGCCGCAUGAGGAAGUACCCCAACCGGCCCAGCAAGACCCCGCCACACGAGAGGCCCUAUGCCUGCCCCGUCGAGUCCUGCGACCGCCGCUUCUCGCGCUCCGACGAGCUCACCCGCCACAUCCGUAUCCACACCGGCCAGAAGCCUUUCCAGUGCCGUAUCUGCAUGCGCAACUUCAGCCGGAGCGACCACCUCACCACACACAUUCGCACGCACACGGGCGAGAAGCCCUUCGCCUGCGACAUCUGUGGCCGUAAGUUUGCCCGCAGCGAUGAGAGGAAGCGCCAUACCAAGAUCCACCUCCGGCAGAAGGACAAGAAGGCUGACAAGGGCCCCAGCGGGCCCCAGGUGCCCUCGACUUCCUCCCCCCUGGCUCCUUACUCGACCUCGACCGGCUCUACCUCGUAUCCCUCACCUGCAGCCACCUCUUUCCCCUCACCUGUGCCGUCCUCCUACUCCUCCCCAGUGACCACCUACUCCUCCCCAGUGACCUCCUACUCCUCCCCAGUGACCUCCUACUCCUCCCGUGACCUCCUACUCCUCCCCUGUGACUUCAGCCUUCCCCUCGUUCCCCUCGCCCUCGGUGGCCACCAGCUAUGCGUCGAUCGCCUCUUCCACCUUUCAUAGCCAGGCGGGGGUAGGGGGCAGCCCCUAUCCCUCUCCUGGUGGCCUCUCCAGCCCCUUCAGCUCCUCAGUGACUUCAGCCCUUCCCGACUUGGCCUCCACUUUCUCACCUCGGACCAUUGAGAUCUGUUGAGAGGAGAAAAGGAAGUGAGGUCCCAAAAAGGCCUGCUCACCCAGGCCUAGCCAGCCUGGUCCAGGCCACGGCAAGCCCCUGCAGGGCCUCCAGACCUUUCAACUGCCUGAAAAGCAGCUCGACAACUCGAGACCGUGGAGUUGCUCCACUUCUGUCCAAGAACUUAACCUUGCAUGGAUAAGCAAGCGCAACCUUCUUUCCCA